GCCCAUUUCAUUGUCCAUCCACAUGGCAUGAGUUGCGACCAUAGUAGCAUACACUGACAUCCGCCAUCUUUCAGUCUGCUCGAAGGGUCAAAGCUGAGGCGGCAUUAACCAUGAAGGGGUUGACAAUGUCCAGUUUGAAGGCGCAUCCAUCGUUGAUCCCCCUGUUUGUUGCCACCGCUGUUGGAGCUGCUGGUGCAUUCUAUUACACCAUGAGACUGGCCACCAGAAACCCAGAUGUAUGCUGGGACAGGAAGAACAACCCCCAACCCUGGCAGCGAUAUGAAGGCAAGCAGUACAAGUUUUACUCCCCAAUAAGAGACUACAGCAAGGAGACCUACCCAAAAGAAAGACCAAGUCUUGACUAGUAUAAUUGCCUGAAUGUGUUUUGUGUGUUUGUAUAAAAGAAUAGCAUCAUUUGGUCAGCUCCGUAAUUCUACAGAAAUCUCAUUAUUGAACGCAAAUUGCUUUCUCUAGUUGUAAUCUCAGAAAUGAUAAAUCUCAGAUACAUUAUUUGUUUGAAACUGUUGCAAUUUCAUUGUCUGGAUGGAGCGAAAGCU